UGAAAUCUUCUGACCGCAGGACCAUAGUGAGGUCACGCGGACGCGUCAGAGCGGGAAAUGGAGUCCCUGACCUUUGAGGAUGUUACUGUGAGCUUCACCCUGGAAGAAUGGGGCUGUUUGGAUCCUUCCCAAAAGAAGCUCUACAGAGAAGUGAUGCUGGAAACCUAUAGCAACCUGUCCUACAUAGAAGAAAAUGAAAACAUUGAAGUGGACUUCAGGAAUCCCAGAAGAAAUACGAGACCUGAAGUGUUAGAGAGACUCAAUGAACAUAAACUACGUAUUCAAUGUGGAGAAUCCUUUCAACACACUCCAGAGACCAUUGUAAGCAAAGAAACUCUACUUAGAAUGGCACCAUGUAAAAGCAAUAUAUGUGAUCCUUAUGGGAAAUCCACUGAUGGCAAGGCUCUUGUAAUGCAUGAAAGGAUACACAAUGUAGUGAAAUCUCAUGGAUGUAAACAAUGUGGGAAAGUCUUCACUCAUUCCAGUAACCUUCAAAGACAUGAAAGAACUCACACUGGAGAAAAACCCUAUGGAUGUAAGCUAUGUGGGAAAGCCUUUAAUAAUGCCAAUCACCUUCAACGACAUGAAAGAACUCACAGUGGAGAAAAACCCUAUGGAUGUAAGCAAUGUGGGAAAGCCUAUGCCUAUUCAAGUACCCUACAGAUUCACGAAAGAACUCACACUGGAGAGAAACCCUAUGGAUGCAAGCAAUGUGGGAAAGCCUAUACUUGUUCCAGUACCCUUCGCGUUCAUGAAAGAACUCACACUGGAGAGAAACCCUAUGGAUGUAAACAAUGUGGGAAAGUAUUCACUCAUGCAUGUUACCUUCGUUAUCAUGAAAGAACUCAUACGGGAGAGAAACCCUAUGGAUGUAAGCAAUGUGGGAAAGUCUUCACUCAUGCAUGUCACCUUCGAUAUCACGAAAGAACUCACACUGGAGAGAAACCCUAUGGAUGUAAGCAAUGUGGGAAAUUCUUCACUCAUGUGUGUUACCUUCGUUAUCAUGAAAGAACUCACACUGGAGAGAAACCCUAUGAAUGUAAGCUAUGUGGCAAAACCUUUAUUAAAGCCAAUCACCUUCAAAAACAUGAAACAAUUCACACUGGAGAGAAACGCUAUGGAUGCAAGCAAUGUGGGAAAUUCUUCACUCAUGCGUGUUACCUUCGUUAUCAUGAAAGAAGUCACACUGGAGAGAAACCCUAUGAAUGUAAGCAAUGUGGGAAAACCUACCCCUUUUCCACUACCCUUCGUAUUCAUGAACGAACUCACACUGGAGAGAAACCCUACGGAUGUAAGAAAUGUGGGAAAGCCUUUUAUCAAUCCAACCACCUUCAAAGACAUGAAAGAGUUCAUACUGGAGAGAAACCCUAUGGAUGUAAGCAAUGUGGGAAAACCUACACUGAUUCAAGUACCCUUCGUAUUCAUGAGAGAACUCACACUACAGAGAAACUGUAUGGAUGAAAGCAAUGUGAGAAAGCCUUUACUCAAGCCAGUCAUGUUCAGAGACAUAGAAGAAUUCACACUGGAGAAAAACCCUAUGGAUGUAAGCAAUGUGGCAAAGCCUUUAAUCAAGCC